AUGGAAAGGACAGUGUUUGUAGUUCUUCUGAUACUGUUUGCUGUGAUACUGAUGGGCACUGGGGCCAAAAAUUGUGUGUGCAAUGGAAGAUCAAGGUGCCGCUGUGAGGGAGUGAAAGGCAGCAGGGGGGAAAGGGGAGUUCGAGGUGCUAUAGGUCCCCUAGGGAUAGAGGGUCGCCGAGGACCUGAUGGUGAUCCUGGGCCUAUGGGACCAAAGGGAAACACUGGGCCAAAUGGACCUGAGGGCCCAAAAGGCGAUCCGGGACCAAAAGGCAAAGAAGGAUUUGCUGGGUCUCAUGGUUUACCGGGUAUCCCAGGUUUACAAGGGCCACCAGGCUUCCCAGGGGCCCCAGGCUGUAAUGGAACAGAUGGAGAGGAGGGACUUCCUGGUAUUCCUGGGCUCCAUGGUAUUGAUGGAUUACCUGGUUCAGAUGGUCUACCUGGACAACAGGGAGCUCUAGGUUUGCCUGGAAUACCUGGACUACAUGGAGACCAAGGACCACAGGGUAAUAACGGUCAAGAAGGCACACGAGGUAUGCCUGCACCCUCUGGUCUGAAGGGGCGGAGAGGACCACGUGGCCCACCUGGGCCACCGGGUCACAUUAAGUUGUUUUUCUCUGAGGAUCCCAUAAGACAGGGAGAUCCUGGUUAUGGCGAUUACACGAAAGGAACAAAGGGAGACAAAGGACAGGAGGGUCCAGAAGGAAAGCCAGGGGAGGAUGGCGAUCCUGGUCAAAAGGGAUUAUUGGGUGAAAAGGGGAAUAGGGGCCCCCCUGGUCUACCUGGAAAUGUGAGUUUUAUCAUAACGACUGAACCACUAAAAGGAUACCGUGGAGAUCCUGGUCGUCCAGGAAUACCUGGGUUUACUGGGAAUGAAGGUGUUGUGGGGUUUCCUGGAGCUCCUGGACCCCGAGGACAGGCAUCUGGGAAUUAUGUGCCAGGUCCACAUGGUCCCAAAGGCUUUCCAGGCCUGACAGGGGAACCUGGGGAGCCAGGGGAUAUGUCUAUUGGACAAACAGGCCUAAAAGGGGAUCGUGGUGAUCAUGGACCUCCUGGGGACCCAGGCCCACCUGGACGUUGUGACGACAGACCUAACAUUGCCAAGGGUCAACCAGAAAUAAACAAGGGUGAUCCUGGACUGAAGGGCACACUGGGAAUGCAAGGACAGAAGGGGGAUAUCUGUUACUCGUGUUCCGUAUCAGGACCACCAGGGCCCCAUGGUCCACCUGGCAUCCCUGGAAAUAAUCAAGGACCAGGAGCAAAAGGUGAUCCUGGCUUCCCAGGACUUAUAGGGCCAUCUGGAAUACCAGGUUCUAUUGGCACAAGAGGAUUUCCAGGCCUCCCUGGACAAAAAGGAGAAUCAUAUUCCUACAACAGCCCUGUGAUAAAGGGAGAGAAAGGAGACCCAGGACAGCCUGGCAGGCCUGGUGUAGAUGGCCAUUAUGGGGCUCCUGGGUUACCAGGUCACAAAGGACUUGUUGGUUUGCCAGGUCUGCCAGGGCCUCAAGGACCCAUUGGCUACCCUGGGCCAGUGGGACACGGGUUUCCUGGAUUUCCAGGUAGUCAGGGAGAUACUGGGGUACCGGGCUUGCCUGGACUGCCUGGAUUUCCAGGCCAGAAAGGGGAACCCAGCCACACCCGUGUAAAAGGAGAUCCUGGCAUUAAAGGUCAGCCUGGUUUACCUGGAAACCCAGGUCAACUAGGUAGCCCAGGUUUCGCUGGAAAUCCAGGUUAUCCAGGGCAGAAAGGAGAAAAAGGUGACCCAAUAGGCCCAGGCCCAACAGGACAGAAAGGUGACAAGGGGCAGCCAGGUCGCCCAGGCACUGUGGGUAUCGGCCUGCCUGGUCAGCCAGGUCGACAAGGCCCUCCUGGUUCUCCAGGACAGAAGGGUGAUGGUGGCUCUGGAUACCCUGGACUUCCAGGCCUUAAAGGGUCUAAAGGUGAAGAUGGAGCUCAGGGACUUGUAGGAGAUCCUGGAUACACUGGUUCACCUGGGAUCCAUGGCUUACCAGGCAUUAGUGGUUUAAAAGGAGAAAAAGACUUCCAUAGCUGUGCUAGAUUCCCAGCUUCUCCUACCUCAGGCUCUCAGUGUAGAGACCUGAGGUCAACCUACCGCUACUCCCAUGCUCCUAUUUUACUGCUGACUGAAGUAAAGGAUCCGGUGGGCCCCCAGGACCAUCUGGAUAUAAAGGUCUAUGUAUACCUGGUCCACCUGGUCCACCUGGCCCACCUGGACCACAUGGUCUUCCAGGACUUCGAGGUUAGUGUACACAGAAGAUCUAAUGGUCUGAAAGGAAACCCAGGUUAUCCUGGGUUUGGUAUUUCUGGCCCUACUGGUGAGCCUGGUCCACUUGGUGCACCAGGUGGACUAGGUUCACAAGGGCAUCCUGGACAAAAAGGGAUCAAGGGAGAACAUGGCCAGUGUGGUAAAAAAGGAGUCAAAGGAGACCCUGGACCAGACGGUAAACCAGGAUAUGGGCUAAUAGGAUUGCCUGGGAUGAUAGGACCACCAGGCCAAAGAGGUGACCCUGGCCGUGAUGGAAUCAAAGGACACAAGGGCAGCCUAGGCAUACCUGGGGACGAAGGUGUCAUGGGUCCUCCAGGCCCUUCAUCACCAGGAUGUAUUGGGCCCCGGGGGGACCCAGGAGAUCAGGGUCCACCUGGUCCAACCGGUCGCUGUGGAAAUCCUGGAAGUCCUGGAUUCAAAGGGCAAAGAGGGAACAACGGACAACUAGGGCAACCUGGACAAGGAGGUCCACCAGGUGACCCAGGUACUCAUGGAUCAAAAGGAAAUAAAGGGCCUGCUGGUGCAGCGGGAGACCCAGGAAUCAGAGGCCCUCCAGGCCUGAAUGGAAUAAAAGGAGAUCAAGGAAUCCCUGGAGUGCAAGGUCCAGAUGGUGUACCAGGUUCAACUGGUCCCAAAGGAUUUAAGGGAGAGCCAAGCAUCUGUGGCACACCUGGACCAACAGGACAAAAGGGUGAUCCAGGAUUAAAGGGUACUGGUGGAAUUAAGGGUCAAAAAGGAGAACCUGGCUUUUUUGGCCAACCAGGUCCACCUGGAAACCAUGGAGACAAAGGAAAUCCAGGACCUGAUGGACCAAAUGGUUCACCAGGCUAUGAAGGACCUAAAGGUUCAGAUGGGCCCCAAGGAAGCAAAGGCCGCCUAGGACCUAAUGGACAACAAGGUUCCCCAGGGCCGCCAGGUGUCCCUGGUUAUUUGGGUCCUAAAGGUGACCAGGGCCAUGAUGGGAUUCCUGGACCACCAGGGCCAAAAGGAGACACUAUUACAAUCAAAGGAAAGCCUGGUGUUGCUGGUUACCCAGGUCAGCCAGGUCAGCCCGGGAAUCCUGGUGAUCCUGGCUCGCCUGGCCCAGCAAGUACUGGACCAAUAGGAGACAGAGGACAUCCAGGUCCAUCCGGGGAUCCUGGUCAGAAAGGACCUAAAGGAAGUGAAGGAGCAUGUGUUCCUGGAUCAAAAGGAGACCGUGGCCGUCCUGGCAGUACUGGUAGCCCAGGCAAUCCUGGCUUACCUGGUCCUCCAGGUUGCAAAUAUAAGUUGUUGAAAGGAGACAAAGGGGACCCAGGUCACCAAGGAAGCCUAGGCCAUAGAGGACCCAUAGGAGAUCCAGGGCCUCCAGGAACAUCUUGUGGCGCACCAGGACCAAAAGGACCAAAAGGUGACCCUGGUCAUCCUGGAAGCCAUGGGGCCUUUGGCUACCCUGGUGACAUUGGCAUGCCUGGUCUGCCUGGUCUGCCUGGAAACAAAGGUUUACCUGGACGACCUGGUCCCAGUGGAAAACCAGACGUUAGAUAUGUACCAGGACCUCCUGGCUGGAUUGGUCCUCCUGGCAAUCCAGGACCCCCAGGAUCCUCUGGCCCACAAGGACCUUGCGGCCGUCGAGGCCGGCCAGGUAUCAAAGGAAUUUGUGGUUCCGUGGGUCCAGUCCAGCCCGGAUUUACUGGCCAAAAAGGAAACAAAGGAACAUCAGGACUGUCAGGUUUACCAGGUGAAAAUGGACUUCCAGGCAGGAAGGGUCCUCCAGGGUUACCAGGACCAAGUGCAUGUUCAGGUCAAGUUGACAGUUUCCUGAUAGCCCGACACAGUCAGAGCAUUAAAAUCCCUGACUGCCCUCCAGGCACUAACUUGAUCUACUCUGGUUACUCCUUACUCUACAUUAAUGGAAAUGAAAGAGCUCAUGGGCAGGACCUUGGCUCCAUGGGAAGUUGUCUUUCUCGUUUCUCCACCAUGCCCUUCCUUUUCUGUGAUACGGAAAGUAACUGUCGCUAUGCUUCUCGCAACGACUACUCCUACUGGUUGUCCACUGACAAACCUAUGCCUCCCACCAUGGUUCCCAUCACAGGAGAUGAGCUGGCCUCUUACAUCAGCAGGUGCUCAGUGUGUGAUGUUCCCUCCAAUAUCAUAGCCGUCCACAGCCAGACAACUAAAGUACCAGAAUGUCCACAAAACUGGGAGUCACUCUGGUCUGGAUACUCAUUUGUCAUGCAAACAGGUGCUGGUGCAGAGGGUUCCUCCCAGCAGCUAGUUUCUCCUGGCUCAUGUCUUGAACAUUUCCGCCAAGUGCCCUUCAUCGAGUGUCAUGGCAGGGGAACAUGUAACUACUACCCAGAUUCCUAUAGCUACUGGCUGGCGUCCAUUAACCACAAAAACAUGUUCAGUAAACCUCUUCCUCAGACAGUGAAGGGAAACUCUCUGCAAAAUGUCAUCGGUCGAUGUCGGGUCUGCAGGAAAGGUGUCAGACGUGGAGACUGUCUUUAA